AUGGAAACUCAAUGUUUUCAUGUUAUUUCUGUAUUUUUACAAAAAGAACUCGAGGAUCGUUGUGAUAUUUAUGAGGAAGAGCAGGGAAGACGCUAUAGCAUUGCGUUACUUGCGAAUAGUGCCAUGGUUAGAUUUCAUAGAGAAUGCGAAACAGCUUUUUUACUGUCUCAAAAUGCGUUAAUCGAAAACUUGGAUAAAAUAGCUACUUUACAGAAGCAAAUUUCUGAUAUUAACGAAGAGAAUGCUAUUAGCACUGGCACAGAUGUAUCUGGAGGUUGCAACGAUGGGACGGAGAGGAAUUUUGUGGAGGAUACAGAUGAUAAUGAAUCUCUUAAUGAAAUGAAAAAGUUAUUAACAGAAUGUUGGGUAGUUUUGGGCCAAGAUACAUAG